AUGUGGCCCGCGACCGACUUCCGCCGGCAUCAAAGGAAGCCAAGCCAAGUUCUCCAUCGGUGGUUUUUCAAGGGCACUGCCUGGAGCAUCUACGCAAUCGCCUGCGGACUCCACUUCUUCAAGCUGCAGUACAACGAGCGCACCAAUCAAGUGGAGGAGUCGCAGUACCAUCGAAUAUGGUCCAAGAUCGUGGUGGUCCUCAAGGUGAUACUGCUGGCCAGCCCGUAUCUACAGUACUUCGUACUCGGACUGGGCAUAUACAUCCACAUGACACUGGUGCAGGACAGCAAGGCGCAGAACUUCCUGAUGAGUCUCAUCGUGCUCGGAAUCGUGAUAGGUGUCCUGCGGCGCCUACUAAUCUUCCUGCACCUGAAGAGGGAUCGCAGGUUCCUGAAGCAUACUGUGAACGAGAUCCUGCAGAUAACCAGCGCGCUGGAGCAAAAGUUCGGUAUGGAGUAUAAGUGCGACUCCACAUUGCUAGUGGUGUACUUGGCUAAGCUGUGGAUACUCACCGUCAUGCUGGAUUCCUUGUGGUACAAGCCCUACUUCCUCUCCUCCAUCUUCCUCUACUGGGUGCUGUUGGAGUACUGCUUUGCUGGCUACUUCGUUUACCAACUGAUCCUGCUCAGCUGGUACCACACCAUUAUUCUGUUCCUGCAGCGCUUCAUCGAGGACCAUGCGAAUCGGUUGGAUAUUGAGCUUCGCUACCAUCGGUGCUUGAUCCCGCUCUUCGAGCUCCAUCUGCGCAUCAACAAUCUGCAUAAGCAUGUUAGGGACAACGUCUCCUGGCUCUCGACCUCUGUUUACCUGAUGAUCUUCACCUGCAUCUUCAACGCCGAACUGCUCAUUGAAUGCAGUCUCUUCGCCGGAGACGAGCUGGAGAACAAGAUCUACAUCAUCGCGGACGGUUGCUUGGGACCCGUCUGCAUUCCGAUACUGUAUGUGCUCAUCCUGGGCAUGUGCACCGAUAGAUUCCGCGAUGCUGAAGUACAGCUUCAGCAACUGUUCGUUAUCGUUCAGGGCUUGUAUAUGAGGAAGGUCAGGCCACGCCUUCUAAUCGCAAUGGUUCUCGACAACGAGCACACCUCCUUGAUAAUUCACCAGAAGCUGAAACCGCUCCAAAACAUGAUCAUCCUGGACAUCACUUGCGACAGGGAGUUCGUCAUGGACUACAUUGUCACGGUGAUCCUUACAGCAUUGUCACUUGUGCAGUACACCAUAUCAACUGGAGGAAAUAUAAGCGAGUGCGUGACCCAUAAAUAG